GAUGGAUUGUAGCGACCCCCACUAUUUUGAUAGCUAAUCAAGAAGAGUGCGUUUGUUUAGUUGUAUGGUGAUUCACUUAAUUAACAAUUUUUAUUCCGUUGACAGCCUCCUCUCCGCAAUUGUAUUGUGUUCACGAAGAUCUGAAGGUGCAAGUGCAACAGGUCCAGGGGUAGACCAACGCAAACAACAGCACAGCUCCAGGGCUAUUCUGCACAUUAGCUGUCUUUCAAAGUGCCUGUUGCAAAUGGCAAGUCAGGAUACA